AUGAAUGUUCCUUCAAAAGAGAGUUCAGUACAGCUUGAUUACCAGAAAAUUAAUGACCAGUUAAUAAAGAUCACAGAAGAUCUUCAUGAAUUAAAAUCUCAAUUACCAUCAUUUUACAGAUUUAUAAAUAUUGGUGCAUUAAGACGUGAUAUUAAAUUACUGGUGAAUUUAUGCCAAACUAAUGACUCGCCACUUACUACAUCUGGAACCAAUAGUCGAACAGAUCGAAUGUCAGCUCAUUGUAAACUUGAAGAUUACACCUGUUUGUCUGCAGAACAAGAUUCUGUCUCGGAUACAUUCCACUCUGAAGAAAUGAUCAAGCAUACUCCAACAGUAUAUAGUACAUGUACAGUACAAACAGGUACUGAUACACCAAAAUGGCGGAAACUAUGCGGUAGGGCUAAAUUAUCCACCGCUGAACAGCUGAUUAGCAAUGCUAAUCAAACCCUACAAGUUUCUAUUACACCACAUAAUAUACGAUAUGGAAUUAAUUCAGUUUGUCAAGAAAUCUACACUUUACAAAUACUUUUAGAAAAUUUGAAAAUAUUAACUCAAAAAGUGAUUGAUUCACAGAGAAAAAUGGAAAAAGCUGUUGACUAUGAUGGAUUAAACAACUUUUUACACAGUAAUGCAUUAAAAAUGCGUAAAAUUAUGUUACGUUUAGUUGAAUAUGUGGAGAAGAUUAACAAUCGAAGAUUUAUUGAUAGAAUUCUACUACAUUUGAGACGUAGAAGUACAGCCAGUUAUUUUCUUUAUUUAAUUGAUCAAGAGAAAGGUGAAAAAGCGAAAUGGAAGAUAUGA